GGCGGGGCCGGCCGAGCCGCAGCCAGUGUCGCGGGGCGCUGCGCGGGGCGCGCCGGGCCGGACGGGAGGCGGCAGCGGCAGGUGUGGCUGGAGCACCUGCAGCGCUCCUGGGAAGAGCCCCUGGGCUGGAGGCCUUUACGAAAAGCUCAGGUGAAGCCUGGAAGGAAUAUUGGAACAGCUGUAGCAAGCAGGGGUACAGGACUGGAGAAUGAAUGCCCAUGAGCAGCGAUUUGCAGUCCGCUGGUCUAUGGUUUUGUGAUCCACUAAGAGAAGAUGGCACAGCCCAUACACCUGAACCAGAAUCUCCCAGAUUUAGGUGGCCCCUUCUUGUACAGAGAUCAGGACGAUGGGGAGAAGAGCUCCUACUCUGUGGAAACCCCCUACGGCUUCCUGCUAGACCUCGAUUUUCUGAAAUAUGUCGAUGACAUUGAGAGUGGCCAAACUCUCAAGAAGGUGCCAUUGUACCGGAAAGCGAAAGGGCCCAAGCAGCAGCCCAGUUCCCUGAGAAGCCCCAGCGGCCACACCAGUGGAUGGACCUCCACUGAGUCUCUGGCAUCCACAGCCAGCGAGGAAGGAAGGAACGUGCUCCUAUUAUCUCCACGCAUCAGAACGCAGUCUGGGUCCUCAGAAAUGAGAGAGCCCCUGAGCAAACAGGCUUCCAACCCCGUGUCUCCAACUCCAGUUAUAAAUCUCCUCCCACCCCCUGCCCCCAAAUCCUUCAUGCAAAAUCCCCGGGUGGAGAAAACCUUGCAAGAGACAAGUAGGAGGUUAGAGCUCGAGCAGCUCCAUUUGCUGAUUAGUGGAGGUGCCCAGAUGACUGGGCCACCCAGCAGUCCCUCUAAAACAUGCAUCUCUGUCUCCAGUACCGCUUCUUUUCACCAGACCCACUCCUCCUCUGCUGUCCCUUCGAAUGGAAAUGGGGACAGCCAAGUCACACCUCCGACGGGCUCUAUGAGAAUAAGCCCUUUGAAUUCUGGAAGGAGCACCCCAGCCACCAACAUCAGCCCAGCGCAUUUGCAGCAUGUGCGGGAGCAGAUGGCUGCUGCCCUCAAACAACUCAAAGAGCUGGAGGAACAAGUCAAGAUGAUCCCAGUCCUAGAAAUGAAAAUCUGCAAACUGAAACGGGAGAAGGAGAAGCUGAUGGCAGGUUUGCAGGAGCCACCCCUGCCCGAAAUGAGCGAGGCUUCUGUAUUCAGCUUUCCACCCAGGUCUCUUGGUGCAGGUGUUGCCAGGGCAAGCCAGGAGGCUCCCGCGGAACUGGAAAGGGAACUAGAAUCAGUGAAGGCUCGAGCAAGUAAAAUCACGGAAUUAAGGAGACUCACUGAGAAAUUGUCUGCUUCGGACAGGAACGUGCGAGCCAGCAGUGCGGCUGCCCGCCCCGCAAGGACCAUGGAGAAAGCGUGUAAGUCUGUAGGUGUGGGCGAGGAGGUGAACAUGAACGAGGCUGUAUUCUAUUACCGAUCUCAGAAGCCAUGCCAUGAGAUUCCCGUCGGCCAAGAGACUGAGACCAAGGAUGCUGCAGUUUGGGUCGUGGAGUCCUUGUUAGGGCUUCCUACAGAAGCAGAGAAGGAAAUGGAGCUGCUGCAGCACACGAUUGGCCACCAGAGAGAGGUCAUCACCAUGAUGGAAGGGCACUUGAAGGACGCGACUAAGGAGCUUGAGGAGUUAAGAGUAGAGGUUUGUUCUAGAAGGCCAAGAACUUUGAUAGAUAAGGAAAUAAUGGCCAAGCCUCAGAUGGUAGAAGCACACGCAGAGGCUGUGGUACCAAUGCAGAGCCAGGGGGUGGGCAGCCACCUGGAAAUGAUCGAUAAGGGUGUGGAUUGCUCAUCACUGAUGUUGUGCAUUGGAGUCAACUGCAAUUUGGAAAGUAGAGAAGUUGCUGUAGGUCCAGAUUCAACAGCCCAGUACGAAGAGAAGGAUACCCAAGCUGAUCUAGAGGCAGGAAUCGAUGCAGCAAUGGAAGAAACCGAUCAAGGUGUGGCUGGUGAUAAGACAAAACAAACCCCCAGUGGUGCCGGAGAAGGUGGAAACCAGAUGGACGUUGCUGAGUCUGGCGUCACCAGUGGAACUAAGAUCGCCAUGCCUCGGGGAGGAACAGGGACAGUGGAAGUGGAGCAAGGUUCACGUUUAAUUCCCCAGGACUCCAGGAAAGGCGUGCACGGGUCUAUGUGUGCACCACAGGAAAUGCCUUUGGAGAAGGACAGUAGCACUCCUCUGAGUCCUGGGCCUGGCGCCCUGAAGUCGAUCAUGAAGAAGCGAGAUGGGUUUCCGAAGAGUGAGGCCGAGGGCGGGAGGAAGAGUCUGCAGUUCGUGGGGGUGCUGAACGGGGAGUAUGAGAGCACGUCCAGUGAGGAGGAGGAGGAGGACAGUGGAGACAGCUCCUCUGAGAAGAUUUCACCCACCAGCUCUGACAGCGACGCGGAGGGCGACGCGAACACCUGGAACGAGGAGAUUGGUGUGAACCCGGGUGAGACUGCGAGCAGCGUGGAGGGUCCAGAGCCAGGCACAGAGCAGAGGAAGAGAAAAGGGGAGCACGAACUGAGGACAGAGAGCGCACCAGCCGUGGACUCCACCGAGGUGAAAGAGAAGUUUGAACUGAGCCCAAGGAUGAGAGAGGCCUGCAUAAUUGUGAAGCACCACCUCAGCCAUCCCAGUGCCGUGAAGAGCAAAGAGGUGCUGUCCAGCAGCAGCAUCCUCCUCCAGGAGUGGUUCCGAGUGUCCAGCCAGAAGUCCUCCGUCCCAGAGAUGGUCGCCAACCACCUCCUGGCCUUCACGGAGGUCUCUCCGGGGAUGCUGGCCCAUGUGGUCAAUCUCUCGGAUGGGAACGGUAACACAGCUCUCCACUACAGCGUCUCACACUCCAACUUCCAGAUCGUGCAGCUGCUCCUGGACACUGGGGUUUGCAACGUUGACCAUCAGAAUAAAGCUGGCUACACGGCCCUCAUGCUGGCCGCUCUGGCCUCGGUGGAACACGAAGAUGAUAUGAACGUGGUCAGGAGACUCUUCAGCAUGGGAAACGUCAAUGCCAAGGCGAGCCAGGCUGGCCAGACGGCGCUGAUGCUGGCAGUCAGCCACGGCAGGCAGGAGAUGGUCGAAGCCGUGCUGGCCUGCGGAGCCGACGUCAACCUGCAGGACGAGGAGGGCUCCACAGCCCUGAUGUGCGCCUGCGAGCACGGGCGAGUGGAGACCGUGAGGCUGCUCCUGGCCCAGCCAGCUUGUGAAGUCUCCAUUGUGGAUAACGAUGGGAAUAAUGCCGUGGCCAUCGCUCUGGAGGCCGGUCACAGCAACAUUGCAGUAUUGAUUUACGCUCACCUCAACAACUCCAAAGCACAGUCACCCCAGGGGACCCCACCGAUAGCCUUGAAGAGCUCUAGCAACCUAACGAAGAAGCAUUAGAGCAGCCUUCACAUCUCAGGCAGCUGGAUUCUCCGGGCAGUUACUCUUCAUAGUCCUGAAAUCGGAAACUCCCCCAUAAUCUCAUCACAUCCAAGAACUCGAGCCAGAUCCAUAUGUUGGAUCAUCGCCCAAGGUUCCGUGUGUUUAUAUUCCUGUCCAGUGUGACAGGCAUCUAUUCUCAGCCUAAUUAACCCAAUCUCCACUGAAGGGAAGCAACUUCCACUAAUCUGUGUCAUGGGUGCUGCUUGUAGAGUGCAACUGCUUACAGUGAAACAGAGGGUCACUUCCAGCAUUUCCUCUCUCCUCCCCACCUUGAUGCUCGUCUAGGCUGAACUGGGCAAGUUGCCCUACACGGGGCAGCCGUGAGCACUGUUUAUAACAUCAUACCGAGAGCUGGUAGAAAAGUUGGGUUUCACCAUGGAGAUUUUCAGCAAAAAUAGGAAAAAAUCAUCUGCAUCUAAAUUUUCCACAGAAAAUUUCAAUUUUUCAGUGGAAACUUGAAUCCCAAAAUACCUGAGGCUGAAAACAAAACAAAAGGCCAAAAAUGAAAAGUUUGAUGGGGAAAUGCAGCUGUAGUUGCUCAGGUCCCGUUCUCCUCUGCGGGCUGUGUGGUUCUGCUGCUUUACGGCAGGGACACUCUGUCGUGCCAAGAACUCUUAUUUAGCAUUUGAAACAUAGCUGGGGGUGGUGGCUGGGCUGCUGGUCACUGCCCUGCUGCCAGCUCCUGCAACGUGUCUGGCUGCCACUUCCUGGGUUUGGGCCCUUGCCAUGCAUAUGUAUGACUUCAUUAGCAUACUCCACGUCUUUCCUUUUUUUUUUCUUUUCUUAACACCUAAACAAACAAACCAAUACCUUCAUCGUUCAUACCGUGGGGAGAUGUGAUUCUGCUGCUGCUCAGUAGCUUUCAAUGAGUCUUUUUGGUUUUUUUGACCAUUGGGUCGUAAUGUGUUCUCACCUCCGCUGGGAGUCUUGGAACAGCAUCAGUUUCCCUUGGUCAAGCCGGCGUGUUUCCCAGAGAACCGACCCAGGUAUCCAAUGAUCUUGUGUCUGAUAGGUCCACAUCCCUUGCAGUCCCAGCAGGCGGCAUCCCUUUGCUCGGUGUCGGUCUUAUUAUCAGGAUGUUCCUAGUUUGGUGUGUAGGUGGUUUUACUGUUAAGUCCUGCACUGUAUGUGGAGGUAGCUCAUCCGAGACGUUUAUCACCAGUACCGGUAAGAGAUGCUUAUGGCUCUGUCUCAGCAAAAAUCCUUCUUUUGAUCUCAUGUGAUCUUGGAGCAACCGGACAAAUCACCUCAGCCUUAUCCCCCCAUGAACCAUUAUUCCAAAUUUUAACUGAUUCUCCAGGGCGUAGUUUCCUCGGGGGCACCGCGGUUUUGUCGUAGUAGUACAUUUUUAUGCCUUCAUCUUUCUCUUUCCUUCCAUAUCUGUUGGUGCCUCUGUUCUUUAGCUGCACCCUGUUUGAUCUUAAGCUGAGAAAGUUGAUUUCGUACCUAACACCCUAGCACAAGCUCUACAGGCAACUUACCACAUUCUAAACACUCUUAGUUUUCAUGCCCCAUUCUACAAGCCCAGGUACCGAAAGGCAGAAGUUUGAAGCAGUAUCUGCCAAAAGGAGAGUUACAAGUACUGUACACAGCCGUGAGCUCUAAGAGAUCUAGAAGGGUGAAAACGUUGGCACCUGCCAUCUCUCCCAAGAUUUCAUGUAGGUCCGUCUGUGAUAAUGCUCCCUUCUUAUGUUAGUGUUUAAUUCCUUGGGUUUGAGACACAAGCGAAAGAUCCAGAUUUCUUUUGUACUAUCACCAGUGAGUGCACCCAGUCUGUGGGUUCCUCAGCCCUUUCAGUUACUUCCAUGGCUUGGAGACAUUGCAGUUCUUCCUGGAGUCUGCCUCUCAGGGCCACAGGUACCUUCCUGGCUGUGUGUUUUAAACGGUUUACAUCCUUCUUCAAAGUUAUUUUAUGCAUGACUGCCAAUUUUCCCAAGCCUUUGAACACAUCUGUAUCUGUAUCUACUGAAGUUUUGAUGCCUUGCGACAAGUUGUGUCCUGUAUUAAUCAGCUUGCAUAUUAGUCCCAACUGUUGACCUGAUUCCAGGCCCAAUAUAGGUGUUCUAUGUCCUAUAAGAAAGAUGUAUUUAGUCUUUUCUUUCUUAUAUGUGAGAAUGAGCCAGCAUCAGCCCACCACAGGACUACGGAGUCCAUUAUAAGCUGUCUGGACAUUUGCCUGUUUUGUCAGUGGGGUCUUGUAUUUUAAAGUUCACACCGUUGUGCUGGUUGUACAUUGGGGUCCAUGCUUGUAUCUACAUUAUGUGUGAUUUGUGAGCCGUUAGUAUUCCGAGUGAUGAACCAAUUCUUGUCUACUGGCAGCUUUCUGGUAUCAACGUACACUGGCUCCUCACUGGAGCUAUCACCAUAUUCCUGCAUUGCAUCCACCAUUUUCUGUUGGCUGCAUUGGUUAGCAAAAUGGUUGUACUUGAGACACACACUGCACUUCUGUCCAAAUGCUGGGCAUUGUUUGUACACAAGUUUGGUUCCACAUGUCCCACUUUUGUUCGGAAUGGCCCUUCCACAGACAUUUUUUUUUGCCCUUUCUUAUAUUGAUUGGUGUCAGUUUAUCACUUUUGUGUAUGUGCGUCUCCUUGUCCUGCUAUGCAGUAACCUCCUGCACCAGGUCCCUGGUACCCUCUUUGCUUAAAGCCCAUAUUUACAGUUUUGCCUAUUCUGCUGCUUUGCGGGUGUUUAUGGCUUUUUCCAAAGUUAAGUCACCGUCUCUCAGUAAAGAUUCCUGUAGCGUUAGAUUAUUGCAGCCUAGCUCUAAUCAAAGAAUUCAUUAGGGGCCCAAAGGUGCAAGGCUGACUCUUUCAUGCUUGAAGUCUGUGACGUAAUCCUCAGUGCCUUUGUUUUCCUUUUGCACUCGUGUGGAGAAGAUUUAAGUGUCCUUCUUUCUAGGAAUGCGAUGAGUCUGAAAUUGUGCUAGGUCCUUAUCAAAAUCUUCACUGUCCUCAGGGGACAGCUAGAAGCUGUUAAAAAGAUCUAGAGCUUCCCUUCCAGUUACAGUUAGCAAUGAGGCUACUUUUGGGGCUUCCACUCAAGGAGCCUGCAUCUAUUGCCAUCAUGUAUAGAACAAACAGUGUUUAAACCUCAUCCAGGAUUCCUCUAUGUUCCCCAUUAACCUGAGUUCCAGUGGUGGCUUUAUGCUAUCCUUUUUUUUGUCUGUGUUACAGAGGAGGUGGGUUUACGGAGCAGGGAGAGGGGGGGAGCUCCUCUGAUGUAAGGCUGCUUGAAACAAUCCCUCUUUCCUUAACACGCUGCCUUUAAAUGUUCUCCAGACCGUGCUCUCCCCUCUGGCCACUUCUGGUACCACGUGUUGUUCUGCUACUUUAUGAAACGGAUGCUGUUUUAUAGAAAGGAUUUUAUUUAGCAUUUGAAACGUAACUGUGGGUGGUGGCUGUGUUGCUGAUCACUGCCCUGUGUUCUGGCUGCACCUGGCGCUCAGGUGCUACAAGAUAUCAGGCUACCUCUUCCUGGAGUUGUGCCUCAGCACAUAGGCUAUGCUCCCUUGUUGGACUACAUAUCCCAUGAUGCACCAGUCUCCCCUCGUGGAGAAGUCUGCCAGGGUGCAUCAUGGGAGAUGUAGUCCACCUGGUGAGGCAGGCCCAUAGAGGAUAAUGGGGACAGGAAGCACCUGAACUACACCUCCCAUGAGGCACCCUGGCAGUAUUUCCAAAUCCAAAUACUUUGGUUUUCAGGCAUUCAGUUUUUCAACAAAAAAAUUCUGACAUUUCUGUAGCAGAACCUGCACUUUUCAUGAAAAAUUGUAUUUUAGUUCCAAAACAGUUUCAAUGGAAAAUUAAUUACUGACUUAAUCAGCUUGGCAGGAACUCGCUCUUGUGUUUGCUGUAGUGCACUGGUUUGGGAGGUGGAUGGAGUACCAGAGUGGGGUAGCCCCAUACCCAUGAAUCCACUCAGACUCGCCAGCUGGAGUUUUUUUGGAGUUCCCACAGCUGGUACCGCCUCCUCCCACUUGGGGCCGGUCCCCUUCUCCCAAUGGGGGGGGGCGGGGGAGGAGGCAGGGAAAUUCCCUUUAAAACUUUUCCCCCCUCUCUUUUAAAGAAACUGGCAGCUUUUAGCUGUGAAGGCAGCUGAAGCUCCUCUUGCUGCUUACUCACCCUUCCAUCCAGCCCUGCCAGAGACAGCUUGGGGGGAGGAGCAAAAGGGCAGAGGCAGCUGAGAAGGUUACAUAAGUGAGCAAAAAGUGGAAGUAGCAGCUGACAGGGCGGCCAAGCUUGUGCUGGGAGGGGAAAAGCUAAGAUUAUAGGUCUAUGGGGAUGAAUGUGGCCGGGGACAACAAACACAUGGAAUGUAACCGCAAAUAUCUAAACCAGAGUAGGGCUUUCCUGGGACAUGUCACUACUGGGCUUUCAGGUUCUGCUGCUCAGCUACAGUGCGAGUGACCCUGCCAGUUUCCAGUAGCCGGAGGCUAGGGGAGCAAAGGGCAAGCAUUCCCAGAGCCCUGCCACCUCACUUUACCCCCCGGCCUUUCCUUCACUGGGGCAGGAGCUGGACCCAGCCAUUGAAAAACAUUUAAAAGUUCUAUGACCUCCGGAAGCAGCCUGAAAAGCAGGUGGAGAGUCCCCCUCCCUUCCCUUGAUCUCCGCAUGGGCAGACACACUGUGCGGGCCUCACACCAGCACUGCACCUUUCACCCACAAUCCAAUAAAUCAUAGUCCAUGACCUCCCAGUGCCCCUUGCGUAUGGGAUGGGAUGGUAUCCCUGAUUCCAAGAGGGCCUGCUCACUUAGGCUUAUAUGGGAGUUAGGCACCUAAAUUCAUUUGAGGAUCUGGUCCUUAUCCCCUUUUCAGUCCAAUUUUUCACUCAGCCCUUCUCGAAGGACUCAGAACCUGUCAAUCAGUGUUAAACGCACUGCAUGGCUGAACAUACUCCGCUUACAGGGGGCGUUACUGGCAACUGCACUGAGAGUUUCACUAACUCCCUGAGGGGGCCUCCCGCCAGCCGUAAAAGUCAGAAUAUUUGGUCAUGAAAAUUUUAAGUGGCUUUGAAAAAGUGAUCGCCUCCUCUUGUGGCCAGCAACGCAGUCCAACAGCUCUGUGAGAAACAGGAACCUCCUUUACAAUCUUCCCGUCACAUGGCAGGUGUGUUAGCUCAGAACCACAAAGGCUAAGCCAGGACACACCUACAUGUCCUUGAGGUUAGUAGACAACGAUGCUGGAGCACCUGGGGCAUUUGAGAGCUCACAGCUGGGUUUGUUACCACUGGCUGCUUCUAUGUUAUCAGUAUAGAGCAGUGGUCCCAAAACUUUUCCUCUCCCCCACCCUCACCUCCCACUUACCAGUCAUGGGAUGUGUCCACAUUCCCCCGGCCCCAGCUGGGAGCCAAAUCAUGGCUGGGGGUGAGGACCAGGGGCUGAGAAUGGGGGCUGAGCCGCGGCCAGGAGCAGGGCCAGAGCAGAACUGGGGGCAGAGCGGGGCUGGCCUGGGCAGCCCGUGGACAUUCCUCCACGCCCCCAAAGGGGAGCGCACCCCACAGUUUGGGGACCACUGGUAUAGAGCCAGCAGUUCCAGCCUGACUCUCCCAGACCAGUUAUUUGUCCCAACCAGACUUUGUCUGAGCCAAGUUUAUAGAAUCUGAGAACUGCUCUUCUGAUAAGCAAUGGGCAAAAGCCCAGAGCCUCAGAGGUAUUUGGGCAUCUAACCCCUAUUGAUUUCAGUGGAAGUUAGGUGCCUAAAUACCUUUAAGGAUUUGGGCCGAGGCUCCCAUGCUUGUUGCACCAGACCUGUCUGCUAUACAGUGAAGUGGAUGUAGGAUGUUCACAGCAGCUCUCUAGCACUGAAACCCAGCUGAUUACACUUGCUUUGUAUGUUCCACCCAUGAAAAUGCUUUCGCCUGGUGUCUCUGUUUGCUCAUAUUUUAAUAUGGUUUAUUUUUAAAAAUAUAAAUAAAAUGUAAAAUUAAAUAUAUUUUAAAGUCAA